UUGCCUCGGCAGGCGGCAGCUCCAAGAGCCCUGUGAAACACAGCCAGGAUGCCUAGAAGUGAAAAGCCAACUGCCUCACCAAGGAAUGUGAGAAUAGAGGUUGACAAUGAUGAAGGCAGUGCUGCUGAAAGUGAAGAAGAGCAAGAAUCUGUUCAGAGAAAGGGAGCGUCAAGUAAAAAAACCAGAGAGAAAUAUGAAGAGGACGAAGAGGGCGAGGAUGAGGAUGAAGAGACUGCCGCAGAUCGUAGGCGAAAAUACAAAAGGCGGAGGAUGAAAGAUGGUGGAUUAGACAUCAGCGAAUCGGAUGGAGAAGGCUGCAAAAGCAGGAAGAACAGAGCCAACCAGAUGACCAAGGAUGGUGAUGAAGAAGAUGGGGAUAAAAAACGAAAGGACAAGAAAAAAGGGAAAAAGAAAAAAAAGAAAGACAAAAAGAAAAAAGGAUCAGGCUCUGAUUCAAGUUCUGAAGAGGAGCUUACAGAGGAGGAAAUAGCCAAGCUGAAGGAAGCGGUAGAAGAGAAAAAGAAGCUAAUUGCCACAUUAAGAAACAAGCCCUGGAAUAUGAAAAAGAAACUGGAAGUCUUGAAAGAUGCUCAGCAGUUUGUGGAAAAAUUUGAAGGAGCCCUUGGCAAAGGCAAAGGGAAGAAAUUUUAUGCAUAUAAAGUGAUGAUGAUGAAAAAAUGGAUGAAAUUUCAACGUGAUUUUGAGAAUUUUCGGACAGCCUGCAUACCCUGGGAAAUGAAAAUAAAAGAAAUUGAAAGUCAUUUUGGCUCUUCUGUUGCCUCCUACUUCAUAUUUUUGCGAUGGAUGUAUGGAAUAAAUAUAAUCCUAUUUGGACUGACUUUUGGUCUUGUCAUGGUGCCUGAGGCAUUGAUGGGGAAACCAUAUGGAACUUUACCUAGAAAAACUGUGCCCAGAGCAGAGGAAGCGACAGCAAUGAACUUUGCCACUCUGUGGGAUUUCAGUGGUCUUGCACAGUAUUCUGUCCUCUUCUAUGGCUAUUACAAUAACCAGAGAACAAUCGGGUGGUUGAAGUUCCGGCUGCCUCUCUCCUACUUUUUGGUGGGAGUUGGGUCCAUCGGUUACAGUUUCAUGGUUGUCAUCCGCACAAUGGCAAAGAAUGCCCAUGACGAUGGUGGUGGAGAUGAUAACAGUUUUAACUUCAGCUGGAAAAUGUUCACGAGCUGGGAUUACUUGAUUGGCAAUCCUGAAACAGCAGAUAAUAAAUUUGCAUCAAUAACAACUAGCUUUAAGGAAGCAAUUGUGGAGGAGCAAGAGAGCCGGAAGGAAGAGAACGUCCACUUGACCCGAUUCCUGAGGGUUCUCGCUAAUUUCUUUGCCUUUUGCACACUAGCUGGGAGUGGCUACCUCAUCUACUUUGUUGUGAGGCGAUCCCAACAAUUUGCUUUGGAAGGCCUUGAAAACUAUGGCUGGUGGGAGAGGAAUGAAGUAAACAUGGUCAUGUCCCUCCUGGGAAUGUUCUGUCCCACUGUAUUUGAUGUCAUCAGUGCUCUGGAAAACUAUCACCCUCGAAUCGCCCUCCGGUGGCAGCUGGGGCGCAUCUUUGCUCUCUUCCUGGGCAACCUGUACACAUUUAUUAUUGCUCUCAUGGAUGAAAUCAAUCUCAAGCUGGAAGAAGAGAAGAUUGUGAGGCAGAACAUGACAAUUUGGCUAACCAACUUGUACAAUGGGACCCUCCCUGAAAACGUCACUGGCCCUCCCCCCCACGUGAGCCUUGCGGAUGUCCCGAGAGGCCCCUGCUGGGAAACAAUGGUUGGUCAGGAAUUUGUGCGGCUGACGGUCUCUGACACUGUGACGACCUACAUCACAAUUUUAAUUGGUGAUUUCCUAAAAGCUGUCUUUGUCAGGUUUUUCAAUUACUGCUGGUGCUGGGAUUUGGAAUAUGGCUUUCCUUCAUAUUCAGAAUUUGAUAUUAGUGGAAAUGUGUUGGGCCUGAUCUUCAAUCAAGGCAUGAUCUGGAUGGGCUCUUUUUAUGCACCAUGUCUGCCGGCGAUCAACGUCAUCCGUCUCCAUACAUCCAUGUACCUGCAGUGCUGGGCUGUGAUGUGCUGCAAUGUUCCCCAUGAGAGAGUCUUCAAAGCCUCACGAUCAAACAACUUCUACAUGGCCAUGCUGCUGUUUAUUCUCUUCCUCUCCACGCUGCCAGUUGUCUACACAGUUGUUUCCGUUCCUCCAUCCUUUGACUGUGGUCCAUUCAGCGGGAAAACCAGAAUGUUUGAGGUCAUUGGAGAAACUCUGGAGCAUGAUUUCCCUUCCUGGUUUCGGAAGGUUUUCAGACUUCUCUCAAACCCUGGUGUGAUCCUGCCCUUCAUACUACUGAUGGUCCUGAGUAUCUACUACCUCAACGCUAUAUCAAAAGGCUACCAAGAUAUGAAUCUCGAGCUCAAGAAGAAAUUGCAAAAUCAAGCUGAGGAAAACAAAAGGAGGAACAAACUAAAGGCACAGCAAGCGCGGGGGGAGGCUGAAGAAAACCCCUUUGAGACAGCGCCCAAAGCCAGCAAUCCAAAAGAGGGUCAAGAUAAAGAAAAAGGAGCAAAUGAGACCAAGAAAAAGCCAGGUGAACAGAAGGAAGGAAAACCAGGUAUUGCAAAUGGAAGCCAACCUCCCUGUGGCAGAGGACGAGGUGGCCCUGCGCCUCCCCCACAGAUAGCAGUGACCCGGCCAGCAGCUCCAAGGUAAGGUUACCAGAUGUCUCCCUUUCCUGGGGACAGUUACCAGAUUUUCAACUCAGUCCCCAUACAAAAUCCAUUGAAGUUGAAAAGUGUCCCCGGAUUCAUUGAAAAAAAUCUGGUAACCUUAUUCCAAGGGUC